UCGUUACAUCCGAAACGUUUUGAUUUAUAAAAAUAUACCUAUAUGAAUGAUUUAUACAAACAAGUACGGAUUUAUUACGAGUUUAUUGACAUAAACGUCGCCGCAGACGGCGCACAAAUUAUUCGUGAAAUGUCCUUUUCAGCGAUUAAAGAGAAAGGACGCAGACUUGCGUCAAACGAGCGUCAUUUCGUCAUCGCUGCGUCAGGACGUAUUUCAAAAUGGCUGCGCUCAUGUCCUUGUUAUUAAGACCCAGAGCUGGUUUUCUCAUGUCGUCUCAGACACCAGCGAUUCUCACAAGCAGACCUGCGUCUAAAAAGUCUGGAGGCAGCAGCAAGAACCUGGGAGGGAAAAGUCCGGGUCACAGAUACGGCUUUAAGAAACAAGACGGAGACUUUGUUCGAGCAGGUAACAUCCUCGCCACACAGAGGCUCAUGCGCUGGCAUCCUGGAGCUCAUGUCGGCAUAGGGACGAACAACACGCUGUACGCUCUGGAGGACGGGACGGUCCGCUUCACUAAAGAACUGUACGUUCCUCUGCCUCGCAGCACCGAAGCCCGGGACCUGAUCCCCAAACUGCCCAGAGGAGCCGUGCUCUACAAGUCCUUCGUCAACGUCGUCCCCACCAAGCAGGAGAACAACUUCAAGCUAGUGGACAUGGUCUGAGACACAGUGAUGGCCGACGUUCAGACUCCCAGGACUGACAGAAGUGGUGUGGUGGAGUGAUGAUGCGUCCGUGAUGUGACAUGACUUUCUUUUUUUUUUUUUUCUUUUUUAACUAAGUAAAUAAAUAAAUUAAUAAAUUAAUUAAUAAAUAAAUAAAUAAAUAGCAUAAAAAUCA